CUAGUCUGUGGUGACAGUUUGGCGCGCGUUUUAUUUGGUUGGGCGGCGGCGUUUGUUUAUAGAUUUCUAAUUGAAUAACAAAGAAAAGUGUUACAAAUAACUGAAAUUAUAUAAGUUUAUUGUUUCAAUUCAUUUGAGAAUAAUAUUUGUGUACCAGAACUAUAUAAAACUUGUGUGAACUGAAUUACAGUUGUAUUGAAAACGGUUAUAUUUGGUAUGAUGAUCAUGUAUUAUUAAGUGUUUGUACUUCAUUUAUGAAGUGGUACUCAUAGUUCAAGCUGAUUUGUUUAGCAGGACUGGUCAAAAUACAGUUACAGUCAAUUGCUGAGUUGGGGACACCAUGGCUGAGGCGGUAGAUAUUAAUUGGGCAAAAGAAGUAGAAGCAGAUGAAGCUCCAAGUCGACGAGCUACAAAGGAAAAAUUAAGAGAUGGUUCAAACUAUAAUUCAAAACGAAAAAGAGCAAAACAUAACAGUAAAAGUGACAAAGACGAACACCCAAGGCCUGCCAACAAAAAACCACUGGAGUUGGAAACAGACACUGCAAUUCUGCAGAGAAGGCAGAAACAGAUUGACUAUGGAAAGAACACUGUUGGCUACCACAACUACUUGAAGGAUGUUCCACUUACUGAACGCACCAAAGAACAUCCAAAAACUCCAGAUAAGUACGCAAAAUACAGCAGACGAUCAUGGGAUCAACUGAUCAAGUUAUGGAGGAAGAAGCUACACAAAUAUGAUCCUAACGCCGAGACAGACCCUUCUGUGGAUUCUGACAAUGAUGAUACUGAUAGUGUUCGGUCAUAAUAUCUUACUUAUAUCUAAGAGUGACUUGUAUCAACUACUUUAUGAUUUGCGUAUAAUAUGAGUAGAUACCAAAAGUUGAUGCAAAUCACCUUAAAUAGACUGACAUGUAUUGAUAUAGAUUAAGGGAAACCAUUCUUAUACUUAUGAGUAAGAAUACAUUUAUUUGUAAUACAUAGAUAAUUAAAGAAAUAAUUCUUCAAAA